UCCUGUGUCUCUCAGUGUGUCUCCAGUCUCUCACCAGUCAGCAUGUCGGACCCGUGCUCCUUCUCCUCCGUUUCCCACUUUCUCACCCGGCACCUGAACCUCGCGCUGCACGUGGAUUUCUCCCGCCAUGUGAUCAGAGGGGUCCUCGCGCUCACCGUGGAGGCUCUGCAGGACCGGCUGCACGCGCUGACUCUGGACUGCAGGGACCUGCAGGUGUUCUCGGUGAAAGCCAACGGGCAGGCGGCGCGCUUUACAACGGGCCCUAAACACACCUUUAAAGGAGCCCCCCUGGAGAUCACCUUGCCCUUCGACCUCUCCAGAGGGCAGCAUGUGAUCGUGGAGGUGACCUAUGAGACGUCGCCGACGGCAACCGCGCUUCAGUGGCUCUCACCUGAGCAGACGGCCGGGAAGGAAAAACCCUACCUGUUCAGCCAGUGUCAGGCUCAUCACUGCAGGAGCAUGAUUCCCUGUCAGGACACUCCGUCUGUCAAACACACCUACUACGCUCAGGUA